CCAACGACUCUGAUGACCGCUUCUGCUGGCAGUGUCCCCGCUCGUCGCUUCCCUCCUCUGGGACCGUGAGUAUGCGGAACUCCCUGCGGACUGACGGAGCUGUCGGAGGGGAUGUUGUGAAGGAGGCAGGUCGGAACUGACCGAAGCAGCGGAGCGGAGAGGCGGACCCACACACACACGCACACCUCCCAUCUGUCACACACACCUCUGCCCGCCGGACACACGGACGCAGCUCGCCCCUCAACCCGACCUCCACACCGGAUGCUACACCGCGGUACUCAAGAGAAACGCCCGAAUCCAAGACGCCCCGCGCGGCCUCUCUCCCUCCGUGACCGAGAAGGACACCCUCCGCCCAGGCCGUCAUCAGCAGCUGGCUCCGCAGCGAGCGUUAGCGGCUAACCGGCUAACGCAGCCAGGUCUGACUCAGUCGUUUCUUUGGAUCAACACGAUGACGAGCGAGUCGCAGUGGUUCCACUCUACGCUUCAACUUUCCCAGUUGUGAUGGAGACACAACACUGACUCAAGACAGAACACAUAUCCUGGAUGCCCUGACAAACAGGACGGGUUCAAUCCAAGAUGGAGAAAAAGAAAAUGUGCCCUCGCCUGCUCGACUACUUGGUCGUAGUUGGAGCAAGGCAACCUAGCAGUGACACUGUGGCCCAGACACCUCAGCUCCUUCGCCGCUACCCGCUGGAGGACCACCCUGACUUCCCACUCCCACCAGAUGUGGUGUUUUUCUGCCAACCGGAGGGCUGCCUUAGCAUCCGCCAGCGCAGGGUUAGCCUCCGUGACGACUCCUCGUUUGUUUUCACUCUUACCGACAAAGACUCAGGAACGACCCGCUAUGGAAUCUGCAUCAACUUCUACCGCUCUUUUCAGCGAGGGCAUCACCGUGCCCGCGGGGACAAGGGCAGCCAUUCAGACACAGCCGCACAGGCAGCAGACACCGCUAGUGAAGGGUCUGAUGGAAGUGUCGGAGGCUCAUCCUCCGUGUUAGCUCCACCUAGCAAUGCUGAGUCCGGAGCUCCGCCGGCCUCAGGAGAAGAGGGCAGAAAACCGGGUGCCGAGCUAAAUGCCAACAAAUCCCCACAGCACAGACGAAGCGCUGCUAAGAUGGCGGCCAGGAACCGCAACAGCACGCUGACCUCGCUGUGCAUCCUCAGCCACUACCCAUUCUUCUCCACCUUCAGGGAAUGCCUAUAUAUUCUGAAGAGGCUGGUGGACUGCUGCAGUCAGAGGCUUACGCAGCGGGCUGGGCUCCCUCGCGCCACCCAGAGGGACACCAUGUGGAGAGUGUUCACUGGGGCGCUGACGGUGGACGAGAAAGGCAGCCAGCUGCUGGCCGACUUGCGGGAGAUUGAAUCCUGGAUGUACCGGUUGCUGCGUUCACCAGUCCCCGUGCCCGGUCAGAGACGUGUGGACGUGGAAGUGUUGCCCCAUGAACUCAAACGGCCGUUCAACUUCGCCCUGCCUGACAACUCCCGCUUCUCGAUGGUCGACUUCCCCCUGCACCUGCCCCUGGAGCUGCUGGGGGUGGACGCCUGUCUUCAGGUCCUCAGCUGCAUACUGCUAGAGCACAAGGUCAUUCUUCAAUCCAGAGAUUACAAUGCUUUAUCAAUGAGUGUUAUGGCCUUUGUGGCCAUGAUUUACCCUCUGGAGUACAUGUUCCCUGUCAUCCCUCUACUGCCAACAUGUAUGGCCUCAGCUGAACAGCUCCUUCUUGCCCCCACUCCCUACAUUAUUGGCGUACCUGCCAGCUUCUUCCUCUACAAAGCAGAUUUCAAAAUCCCGGAUGAUGUGUGGCUUGUGGACCUUGACAGCAGCAAGGUUGUUGCACCCACCAAUGCAGAGCUGCUACCACCUCUUCCAGAGCCGGAAGCAUGCGAGCUUAAGAAACAUCUGAAACAGUGUCUGGUUAGGUUGACCGUGAUCACCCAAAAGCAGAUCUUCUCCUCUGAAAAUAAGGCCUUGGCCAGUAUGAGUUUGAACACCCAGCCCAUUCUGAACCUGGAGAAGUUCCAGGAGGGCCAGGAGAUGCCUCUGCUCCCACCGGGACGGGACAAAGCCUCACCGUCCUCCACGGAGUUCAACCCUCUGAUUUACGGCAAUGAUGUAGAUUCAGUGGAUGUCGCCACCAGGGUGGCCAUGGUACGGUUCUUCAACUCCCCCAACGUUCUCCAGGGGUUCCAGAUGCACACUCGCACCCUGCGCCUCUUCCCCCGACCAGUGGUGGCUUUCCAGUCGCAGUCUUUUCUAGCGUCUCGGCCUCGGCGCUCUAGCUUUGCAGAUAAACUGUCCCACACGCAGGCGGUGGAGUUUUACGGAGAGUGGGCUCUGAAUCCCACCAACCUCGCCUUUCAGAGGAUACAUAACAAUGUGUUUGACCCGUCCUUGAUCGGAGAUAAGCCCAAGUGGUACGCUCACCAGCUCCAACCAGUGUCGUACAGGGUGUAUGAUGGGAGCUCCCAGCUGGUUGAAGCCAUGGCCGGUCCCUUGGAGGACGAUGGCAACGACUCUGAUCCCACAGACAGUGGAAGUGACAGUGAGGCGUACGAUGACUCCAGCUCAUCUUACUCCUCGCUCGGUGACCUGGUGAGCGAGAUGAUCCAAGGGGACAUCCAGGGAGAUACGCCCAGCUUGGACCCUCCUACCCACGCUGCACUGGGAGAUGCCAGUGAGGUGGAGUUUCAGGACUUCCAUGAAUUCAGGGAAGGCCCUGGCUCCGAGGGUCCACCUCUUGGGGAGGGACCUGCUGAAGCCUCCGAUGGACAACCGCUGCGCUCGAGCUCCAGCACAACUGCCAGCUCCAGUCCCAGUACAAUAAUCCAGGGAGUCAACAACGAGCAGGGGGAAGCGCCUGAAAUUGAAGCAUCGGCGAGCGCUGCUUUACAGAACCCUGUCCCCGCACUGGGUAGCCAGGCGUUCCUCAGGCCUCCAGCUGAUCCUGGCCUGCAGGACCCAGGCAACAAAAAGCAAGAGUAUGAUAACCCGUACUUUGAGCCCCAGUAUGGCUUCCCCGCUGAGGAUGACCCUGAUGCAGAGGAGCAAGUGGAGUCAUACACCCCUCGAUUCAACCAGAACCUCAAUGGCAACAAGACGCAGCGUCCUUUACGUCCCAGUAGCUUGAGGCUUCCAGGAGAGUCGGACGGGGAGGGAGACUCCCGGAACAGCUCGCCAAACUCCACCAUCUCCAACAGCAGCAAUGACGGCUUCGGGGGCCUCAUGUCCUUUGCCAGCAAUCUGUACAAGAACCAUGGCACCAGUUUCAGUUUGUCCAAUCUCGCCCUCCCCAACAAGGCAGCGAGGGAUAAAUCCACUCCCUUUCCCAGCCUGAAAGAUUCCCCUGACAGCCCGGGCGCACGUGCACCGCGAGCACUCGUUGACCAGAAGUCGUCGGUGAUCAAGCACAGUCCCACAGUGAAGAGAGAAUCCCCGUCUCCUCAAGGUCGAGUCAACAACACGAGCACAUCAACACCGGCGUCGACCCUUAUGACCAAAAACUCUCGAAUUUCGUCGUCUUUCCAAGUUGACAUCUUCGUCCUCUCUGAGAACCAGCAGUUCUUGAAGGAGGUGGUGCAGAGUGUUCUCGACGGCCAGGGGGUCGGCUGGCUCAACAUGAAAAAGGUCCGGCGUCUGUUGGAGAACGAGCAGCUCCGCGUCUUCGUUCUGAGUAAACUGAACCGAGCCGUCCAGUCGGAGGAAGACGCCCGACAGGAGAUCAUACGUGACGUGGAGGUGAGCAGGAAGGUUUACAAAGGCAUGCUGGACAUCUUGAAGUGCACCGUUUCCAGUCUGGAGCACUCGUACACAAACGCAGGCCUCGGAGGAAUGGCCAGUGUCUUCAGCCUAUUGGAAAUAGCACGGACACACUAUCAAACCAAAGACCCAGAGAAGCGCAAGCGAAGCCCCACAGACAGUGCUGGCAGCCCGGGGAGUAAAGAGAGUCCGUCUGGUCGUAUGGAGACGGCCAGACCCCAGGGCCUCCUGAAUGUUCCCCACCUGCAGCUGCCGCACCACCCCACGGGCAAGGGGGACCGCCAUUUUGAUACCCGGAGUCUGAACGAGGAGAACUUUAUUGCCUCGAUUGGGUCUGAAGGAGCAAAGCAGCAGCGCCCCCAGGUGGCCGACGCCGAGGAGAAGAAAUCACAGAUCAGUGCCGACAGUGGCCUCGGUGUCACAUCUGGAUCUCAGAAGAGCGACACUGAGUCAGUAACGAGCUCGGAGCCACCGAUCCUGACCAGGACAACCAGCCAGGACUCAGAGGCCAGCACAGUGAUAAGCAACAGCUCGGGGGAGACUCUGGGAGCCGACAGUGACCUGAGCAGCACAGCAGGGGACGGCCUCGGUGGGAGGAGGACUGCUCAUCUGACUCAGUCCAGAGGGACGCUCUCCGACAGUGAGAUAGAAACCAAUCCAGCCACCAGCUCAGUGUUUGGGAGGACUCACACUCUGAAAAAAGGCGUCAAAGAUCCGGUCCCAGCUCCGUCCAAGGGGCCGCCCCCUCAGCCCAUGGAGGACCUGAGCAUGAGGAUCUACCUCUGUGAAGGCCUGCUUGGUAAAGAGCGCUCCACCCUGUGGGACCAGCUGCAGUUCUGGGAGGACGCCUUCCUGGACGCGGUGAUGCUGGAGCGCGAGGGCAUGGGGAUGGACCAGGGGCCUCAGGAGAUGAUCGAAAGAUACAUGUCGCUGGGGGAUCAUGACCGGAAGCGUCUGGAGGAUGACGAGGACAGACUCCUGGCUACUCUGCUGCACAACAUGAUAGCGUACAUGCUCAUGAUGAAAUUGACCACAAACGACAUCAGGAAGAAAGUGAGACGUUUGAUGGGAAAGUCCCACAUCGGCCUCACGUACAGCCAGGAGAUCAACGAGAUGCUGGACAAACUGGCAAACAUGAAUGGCCGUGAGUGGUCCAUCAGGCCCAGUGGAAGCCGUCACAUCAAGAAGCAAACGUUUGUGGUUCACGCCGGCACCGACACCACGGGAGACAUCUUCUUCAUGGAGGUCUGUGACGACUGCAUCGUGCUGCGCAGCAACAUCGGCACCGUGUACGAACGCUGGUGGUACGAGAAACUCAUCAACAUGACGUACUGCCCCAAGACCAAGGUUCUGUGUCUGUGGAGACGCAACGGCCAAGAGACGCAGCUCAACAAGUUCUACACCAAGAAGUGUCGUGAACUCUACUACUGUGUUAAAGACAGUAUGGAACGAGCUGCAGCCAGACAGCAGAGCAUUAAACCAGGGCCGGAGCUGGGCGGAGAGUUUCCCGUCCAGGACAUGAAGACGGGCGAAGGUGGGCUGCUGCAGGUCACCCUGGAGGGAAUCAACCUUAAGUUCAUGCACAGCCAGGUUUUCAUAGAGCUGAGUCACAUUAAAAAGUGCAAUACAGUGAAGGGAGUCUUUGUCCUGGAGGAAUUUGGUAAUUACACCAUCUAUUGAUUCUAGGCCUGUACUCGGCACGGCAGUAACUCAGCUUCAUGGCAAACGUGUUGACGGAUAAGGGUUCGAUAGAUUGGAUACUGGUUCUCCUGGAGGAAACGCUGAGACACACUGGUGUCUGCAGGUGUUAGAGUGAUGGAUGAAGUCUGUGCAGGACGGGGUUUUCUUUAGUUUAGAGCCAGUGGCUGUUCCUCGGAGGCGUUAAAGAGGGACAGACACACGUCUCUACCACGUGGAGACAAGUGGGAGGACACCACAGCCUGGCUUCUAUUUAAAUAUGUUAGUUUGACUUCACCACAACAGGAAUCAGAAAAGUUUCUCCAAGAACAGCACAAAAUCAUUCCAAUGCUUUUAGGUUCUUAAACCACAAAAUGUUUCUUUUAAAUAAAUCACAAAAACUUUUAAAAUAUGAGACUUUGAAUAGAAAUGAAAAUAUAGAAGAUCAGCAGCCUUAAGAGAAUUGGAUAAUAAGCUUUCUUGAGCGAGAUAUUGCACCUGAAAUAAAUUAGUAAAUCAAUAAA